AUGGGCCAAGCGUGCUGCAGCCGACGACGGCCCUUCUUCUACGGCGCCGACCAUGACGACGACGCCGACCUGAACGAGGGAUGGAAGAAGUGGAGCUCGCUCAACCACAAGGCCACGAUGGCGCGACCGGCCCACUCGUACACGCCGCCGUCCUACGAGAGUGUGCGCUCCGCCAGCCCCACCGAGCCGGCGCCCGACGCCGCGACACAGAGCGCGCCGUGCUCACCGAUGGCUCUUGGCAAUGGCACUCGACGCGACCUUGCGAUCGUAGCACGUAGGCCCAAUGACGUAGCCCUUGGCAUCGCAGCUGCGCCGACACAUCUCUAG